GGAAACUAAACUGAUCUGAGUCUCUGUGUCGUCUGUCUGUGUGAGAGUGAACAACCGUCCAAAUGGCUCAGCAGGGAGUUCUGCUGGACCAGGACCAGUUCCGUUGUUCUGUCUGUCUGGAUGUACUGAAGGAACCGGUCACCAUCCCCUGUGGACACAGUUACUGUAGAAGCUGUAUUGAGGGCUGCUGGGAUCAGGAUGUUCUGAAAGGGGUCUACAGCUGUCCUCAGUGCACAGAGACCUUCACUCCAAGGCCUAAUCUGAGGAAAAAUAACAUGUUGGCUGAGGUGGUGGAGAAACUGAAGACAGGACUCCAGGCUGCUCCCCCUCCUGCUCUGUGCUGUGCUGGACCUGGAGAUGUGGCGUGUGAUGUCUGCACUGGGACCAGAAAGCGGAAAGCCCUCAUGUCCUGUCUGCCGUGUCUGGCCUCUUACUGUGAGACUCACCUCCUAUCUCACUAUGAAUCUCCUGCUUUGAAGAAGCACAAGCUGGUCAAAGCCACCGCACAACUACAGGAGAAGAUCUGCUCUCAUCAUGACAAACUGCUGGAGGUUUACUGUCGUACCGAUCAGCAGUGUAUCUGUUAUCAGUGUGUGAUGGAUGAACAUAAAGGCCAUGAUACAGUGUCAGCUGCAGCAGAGAGGACUGAGAAACAGAGGCAGCUGGGGAUGAGUCAGCAGAAGGUCCAGCAGAGUUUCCAGGAGAGAGAGAAGGAGCUGAAGGAGCUCCAAAAGGUUGUGGAGUCUCUCAAGCGCUCUGCACAGGCAGCAGUGGAGGACAGUGAUCAGAUCUUUACUGAGCUGAUCCGCUCCAUUGAGAGAAGGAGCUCUGAGGUGAAGGAGCUGAUCAGAGCCCAAGAGAAGGCUCAAGUGAGUCAAGCUGAAGGACUCCUGGAGCAACUGAAGCAGGAGAUAGCUGAGCUGAGGAAGAGAAGCACUGAGCUGGAGCAGCUCUCACACACAGAGGAUCACAUCCAUUUCCUCCAGAUUCCUGUCAGCUCACACUGGAUCCAAACACAGCACACACACGCCUCUCUCUGUCUAAAGGGAACAGAAAGUAUCAUUGAUCAGCUUGUAGGCUCGGCCCUAAUUGAUGUGUUAUCUGUCACCUGGAGCUGCAUGGAAAAUGGUCCAGGAACAAAAGGACAAUUCAGGACUAGUCAGCCCACUACAAGCUGGAAUCACUUACUUUCUACUAAAGUAUAUGGUCUGGUUUCCCAGACACCGAUGAAUCCUAGUCCUGGACUAAAAACAUGUUCAAUGUAGAUGUCCAGGAUACCGGCCCUAAAUGUGUCAUCUUUCAUCCUCCCAUACUGCUCAGUCCAGCAACAUUAAACCUGUCCAGCAGGUGGUGCUAUUGACCAAACAAUAAAACCAGCAGAUAUCUUGACUUGCCACUCAGUAUAUCAGUCAUGUUCAGAAUAGUACUUUUAAUAUCAUUGGACAUCGAUGGUCUUUUUAAUCCACUAUCCAGAGUCAGGAACAGAUGAAGUUAGGUCUGCUACUGUUCAGUGAUUAAAUAUGAUUUAUGGUGAUGGGAAAUAAAAAAUACAACACUAAACUUCA